AUGGGUUUUGAAUUUGAUGAACAUAGUGAUGAGUAUGAGGUUCCAGUCAACAAGACGGAAUCAGAGCGAAGCAGCAUGAACCAGUCUUACGGACAAACGUACGCGGCGAUGGACGGGGGAAGAAAUUUCCCGCCAAGUCCUCGUCAGAUGUACAAUACUAAUAAUACCUACGAGGAGAUGACUCGGCAUAAUGGCAGUACACAUCGGUCAUUAGAAAAGAUCCCACCUGUUUUACCAACACGAUCUCCAGAUACACGUCUUUCAAAUAGUACCGGUACCUCAAGUAGGGGGUCAUCAAUAUCAGAACACGACAACAUCACUUAUGCAGACUCGCAUUAUUCCACACCCAGCCCACCGAUGUCACCUGGGAAAAAACAUCAUCAGGGACAUUAUGGUUCGGGACAGUCACCGUAUUCCUACGUGCCUAAUUCCAACGUCUUACAGCAACAGCUUCAACAUCAGGAACUAUAUAGUCGGGCGGAAGGUUUAUAUGACACUUAUAUCCAUAACGACGACCAUUUAGUGCAACAGUCAGCGUACGGACAAAGCCCUCAAAAUCAAAAACACAUGCAAAUUGGGAAAAGUGUGAAAAAAAUGGCGUCGCCUGUGUUAACUCACAAAAUGUACCCAUACCAAAAUGGACCCAACGGAACUCAAAGUAGUCCGAAAUUACGACGCGCUUCUGAAGCAGAUGCGAAUCAAAGUAUGAAAGUGAAAGGAAAAAAUGUCGGUUCUCCGAAACUUCCGUUAAAAUUUCAGCAAAAGUCAGCGUCUAUCGAUUGUGGUCAAACGAGUGUUCCACCUCCCCCUAGUUUCCCAGCCCCUCCCCCUCCCUUACAUGUUCAAGAACGUUACCAUGGAAACAAUCCACGCUGCCCGUCACCCCCCUUACCUCCCCCUCCUCCUGAACAUAAUCAGGGAUCCACAAAGAAACCGGGCAUGCCCCCUCCCCUACCCCCUGUGUCAACUAUCCCAGGACGUCAGUCGCGUCCACAGGAAGUCUCUGGGUACCAGUCCCCGAGGUCAGCUAGUCAUUCUCGAAGUAGUUCUAGUGUAGGAAGUGUGGAGUCUUCGGCAGCCAUUAUCCAAGAAUUAGGACAAGUCAAGUUAAAACCAAGAAAUCAUUCAGGUACAAAUGGUAAUGUGUCAACAGACAAUGCUAGUGGAAAUGAAUUGAGUAAAAUACAGCUCAAAAAAACAAAGACCGAUAAAAUUGGGGACAUUUAUCAAGAAAGUGCCCCUCCAGCUGAAAAAUCUCCAUCAUCUUCCAUCUCAAGUUUAACGGCAGGCAUAGUACCAAUUUGUGAUAUUGACGACUUCCCCCUUCCCCCACCCCCUGAGGAACUACUCUCAUCCAUACCCCCACCGGUGGUGCAGCCAGCUUAUUCACAAUCAGCUGGGGUGCAGCGUCAAAAUUCAGGGGUGCAGCGUCCAAAUUCAGGGGUGCAUCAAGAAUUUCAACGUCAAAAUUCAGGAGUGCAUCAAGAAUUGCAACGUCAAAAUUCGAGUGGCGGCAAAUUUCAGCAGCAGACGCCAGCAUCCAAUGGCGUCAACAGAUUUCAGGGAUUUCAAACCCCAUCCUCACCAGUCAACAAAACCAUUGGCUCACAAUCACCAUUUGGGGCUCAAAAUCACCAGCCAUCAUCGCCAAUCACCAACAAGAAAUUCCCUGUUGCUACGCCGCAAUCACCGGUUGCCAAGCAACCGCCACAAAUGAUUCCAAAAGUACCAUCAGUACCAGUCUUGCCAAAAUCUCAAAUAGCACCGCCAUCAGAACCGAUGAUCCCCAAGACGCCAUCGAUGCCUGCAGUCGCAGCACAGUCACAAGGGAUACCUUCAGCGCCUCCUGUGCCAAAAACACCAAACGUUCCUCAAACUUCUAAUGGUAAUACUGGACACAUAGUAACGAUAGUUUCGCGGAUGUUCUUUGAUUUUGGUCCCAAUUUUUGUGAUUACGGUCAGAUAAUGAUUUUUGCCAUAUUUGAAAGAAUUUGGUAA